GGACCCAAGCCCGACGAUAGUUUCAAUCACGAGAGACAGAAUUCAAAGAUGCCCAAGCCGUCCGACUUUGCGCAGGCGAACAUCGAUGCGGUCGUCGACCAGCUCACCACCGACGAAGCUAUUCUGCUCACAGCCGGCGUCGGAUUCUGGCACACACACGGUGUUCCUCGGUUGGGCGUGCCUCCCAUAAAGGUUAGCGACGGCCCAAACGGCAUCCGAGGAAACUUCUUCUUCAUGGGCACUCCGGCGAAGUGCCUUCCUUCUGCGACCGCGCUCGGCGCUACCUUCGAUCCUGAAUUGCUGGAAAAGGUUGGCGAGCAUCUUCUCGCCCCCGAGGCGAAGCUGCGGUCCGCCAGUGUGGCGCUAGCACCUACAUGCAACAUACAACGGAACCCUCUCGGUGGACGUAGCUUUGAGUCAUUUUCGGAAGAUCCUUACCUUAAUGGUAUUAUUGCAUCUGCCUAUGUGAAUGGACUACAAAGGGGUGGAAUUGGCGCCUGCAUCAAGCACUUCACUUGCAACGACAAGGAGAAUGAUCGCAUGGGCUCGGACUCGAUUUUGUCAGAUCGCGCGCUCAGGGAGAUCUACCUCUUGCCGUUCAUGCUUGCGCAGAAGCAUGCCAAACCUUGGGCAUUCAUGACUGCAUACAACCGCAUCAACGGGACCCACUGCUCGGAAAACACCUAUCUCCUACAAUCUAUCCUCCGUAAGGAAUGGGGCUUCGAGGGGCUUGUCAUGAGUGACUGGUUCGGAGUUUACUCCAUCGACCAUGCGCUUAACGCCGGGCUAGAUCUCGAGAUGCCCGGAACGAACAAAUGGCGGACGCUUGACCUGAUGAACAGGAGCGUCGGCAGUCGCAAGAUCACAGUCCGGACUAUCAAAGAGCGCGCGCGCAAGGUGCUCGAGUUGACCCAAAAGUGCGCGCAGGGCGCUCCGCAAGUCCUCGAUGGCGACGGCUCUGAGAAGACGCGCGAAUCGGACGAAGACAAAGCGCUCAUGCGGUCCGUUGCGGCUGCGUCCAUCGUUUUACUCAAGAACGAGGACAACAUUCUGCCUCUUAAGGUUGACUCUGGCAAAAAGACCAAGGUUGCCAUCGUAGGCGGGAAUGCCAAGGCUGUAGUCCUUAGCGGUGGAGGAAGCGCCAGCUUGAAGCCCAGCUACUUCAUCAGCCCCUACGACGGCAUUGUGAAUGCCCUACCCGAGGGUACUGAGGUGCUCUACGCCGAGGGCGCAAGGGCCUAUAUGCAAUUGCCCACUCUGGAGUAUGACCUCGUCACCCCCGACGGCAAACCUGGCUGGAUCGGCUCGUGGUACUCUCAUACCUCGGACGAUUCCAUGGAACCCAUCUCCCAGCCGUUCAAGGAGCAGCUCGUGGACGAAACACGUUGCUUCAUCAGCGUCGACUCGCCGAAGGGGCUCACCAAGAGGUACACUCUGCGCCUGAAGGGUCAGCUGAAGCCGGCCGACGAGGAUCGCGAAUUCGAGUUUGGUUUGUGCUCGGCCGGUCGUGCUAAGCUUUUCGUGGACGGCAAGCUCGUCGUCGACAACUGGACGCGCCAGACGCGCGGAGAGAGCUUCUUCGGGAGCGGCUCUACAGAGGAACGCGGGCGGACGCGCAUCGCCGCCAAGCACUCGCCAGAGAUUUUCGUUGAAUAUUGCAACGUGCGCGCACCGGCGGAUGGGGACGAGGAUGAGGCGCUGAUGGACAGCAACCCUGGACUUCGUCUGGGCGGCGUCGUGGUGAAGGACGAGGACGAGAUGAUGGCAGAGGCCGUCAAACUUGCUGGAGAAGCCGACGUCUGCGUGUGCGUCGUCGGUUUGAACUCGGAUUGGGAGACGGAAGGGUACGACCGGACGACGCUGGCAUUGCCACAGAGGACGGACGAGCUGGUGGAGAAGGUCCUCAAGGCGAACCCCAACGCUGUGGUCGUGACCGAGUCGGGAUCCGCGAUCACGAUGCCGUGGGCAGAUACCGCCAAAGCCAUUGUUCACUCGUGGUACCUCGGCAACGCGACCGGGGACGCUAUCGCGGAUGUGUUGUUCGGCAAGGUGAACCCCUCUGGCAGGCUCUCGAUGUCGUUCCCCAAGCGCAUCGAGGAUCUGGCCACCUAUGGGCACUUCACGUCCGAACACGGAAAGAUUCGUUACGGCGAGGAUCUCUAUGUGGGCUAUAAACACCACCAUCACAGGAAGAUUGCUCCUCUAUUUGCCUUUGGUCACGGCCUAUCCUACACCACCUUCUCGUAUACCAACCUCAAGCUAUCGAAGCCAUCGUUCGCGGACAACGACGUUACCGUCACUGCGAGCGUAUCUGUAACGAACACCGGCUCCGUCUCCGGCUCCGAGGUUGUCCAGCUUUAUGUGACACUUCCUUCUGGUUCAGACGGCGGCCUCACGCACCCGCCCUUGCAACUCAGGGCGUUCUCCAAAGUGCGCGAUCUAGGGCCGGGGGAGACUCGCGCGGUCGAGCUCUCGCUGGACAAAUACACGGUCUCGUAUUGGGAGGAGCGCAUCGGGCGAUGGGUCGUCGAGAAGGGCGAUUAUCUGAUCAGAGUGGGCCCGAGCAGCGACGCGCUGCUUCUCGAAGACAAGCUCACGCUCGAUAAGAGCUUCGAAUGGAACGGCCUCUGAAGCGCUGGAUUGGGAUAGGGACUCGAUGUAUGAUAUAUUUUUGGGGUUGUCAUAGGAAGAUACCAUCAAGCUCUUACAGGGCCUCACGCCAGUGGUUUCGCAACGUCCUUCCCACUCCAGUGUCCAUCUUCUCUGUCCGUCUGUCCCCGGUGAUCUGCCACCAAGACCUAUCGAUGCACCCGGCCUCCCAUCGAAAAUCGAUAUAGCGCAGGGCAAGCAAGGCUUUCGCGAGCGCUACCACUUUUCCUGUCCACACCUCGACGGGCGGCAGAGCGUGUUUUGGAGGGUCCAUAAACCAUCGGAUCGUGCCCGCUUUCGAAUGCGUCCGCAGAGGUCCUCGGAAGGUGAUCGAUAGGUAUUGGACGGGCACCACUUGCCAUGCCUGAUGUAUCAUUUCCUAGGGCUCUGGCCUUGUCAUCAUCUGAGUGGUCUUCGUCCAGAUAAAGGAACAGCGACUUCGCUCUGGUAAGAGACUUCGCGAUGUUGGCAAAGAAUCCUUCCGUCAUGGUCGGAUUCAAAUCGAAGGAUAGGAUGACAGGCGAAGCGAUAGCGAGGUACUGCAAGAGGACCUCGUUGCGCUGGAACGCCGGAACGCUCGGGUUGGAGCUGACUUUGAGAGGGGUGUAAAGCGUG